GCAGCGGGCGCGGCCCGGCCCGGCCUCGCCUUCAGCCGGGGGCGCGGCGUCCAGCGGGCACGGGGCCGCGCCUGCCUCCAGCAGUACGGGGAGCCGGGGGGCGCUUCCCCCUGGGCGGCUCUGCCGGGUUCAACGGGUGAGAGCCGGUCCCGGGUCAACCCGCUGGGCGGCGGUGAGGUGCUGCAAGGAUGAGCAUGGCCCAGGCUGGAGCCGUAGUUGCAGCUGCCACGGGAGUUCUCGUCUUUUUCUUGUACGCCUCCAUUCACAAGGUUGAGGAGGGGCACCUGGCUGUGUAUUACAGUCUAUAAGGUUACAGGCCUGCAGUGACUUCUUCUGAGACACCUUGUGUUGAUGCUGCAACUUUGGAGCAGGGGUGGUGCAUUGUUAAGUAGUCCGAGUGGACCAGGCUACCACAUCAUGCUCCCAUUCAUUACCACCUUCAAAUCUGUGCAGACCACGUUGCAGACUGAUGAAGUGAAAAACGUGCCUUGUGGGACAAGUGGCGGUGUUAUGAUCUACAUUGACCGAAUAGAAGUUGUGAAUAAAUUGGCACCAUAUGCAGUGUAUGAUAUUGUGAAAAAUUACACUGCGGACUACGAUAAGACCUUGAUCUUCAAUAAAAUUCAUCAUGAGCUGAAUCAGUUCUGCAGUGCUCAUACUCUUCAGGAAGUAUACAUCGAGCUGUUUGAUCAGAUAGAUGAGAAUCUGAAGCUGGCCCUGCAGAAAGAUCUCAAUGUCAUGGCACCAGGUCUUACUAUCCAGGCUGUUCGUGUUACGAAACCCAAAAUCCCAGAAGCCAUCCGAAGAAAUUUUGAGCUCAUGGAAGCUGAGAAGACCAAGCUGCUCAUUGCAGCCCAGAAGCAGAAGGUAGUAGAGAAGGAGGCAGAGACAGACCGAAAAAAAGCGCUUAUUGAGGCAGAGAAGGCUGCUCAGGUGGCCAGGAUUCACUAUCAACAGAAGAUUAUGGAGAAGGAAACUGAGAAGCGAAUUUCUGAGAUUGAAGAUGCUGCAUUCUUAGCAAGAGAGAAAGCAAAAGCAGAUGCAGAGUAUUACACUGCUCGGAAGCUGGCUGAUUCCAACAAGCUGAAACUUACCCCAGAGUAUCUGGAACUAAUGAAGUAUCAGGCGAUAGCUACAAACAGCAAGCUGUAUUUUGGUGACAGCAUCCCCAAUGUGUUUCUGGAUUCCUGUGCCUUUCAGCAAGCUGAACUGAGGACUGCCCAAGAAACCAGCCUUUCUUCACAGGAAGUCCCAGACACCUCUGCAGAAAGCCACCUCAAACCAAAGGAAAGUACUGGCUGACAGAGGUAGAAAGAGACCUGGUAUAGCUUGACAGCUUUCCCAGCUGUGAAUGGGGAUGUUGCCCUGUGCUGGUGGGGCAUGUGUGGCAUAUGUGGACAUCUUGCAUAUAGGUGGCAGUUGGGUUGAUUUUCUUCUAGCAGCACAUUGCAAGUGCUCUGCCUCUUCCGUUUCUUCCCUAUUAAAUUGGUGCUUCCAAAUGAGGGAUAAUCCUGUACUAACAUACCUAUACUGGAAUAUUAAAAGACGGUCACCAGGAAAGCCUUCUGCAGUAGGUGCAAUUAUUUAGCAAGCAUUACCCUUGAGGUAGGAUAUGUGGCUUUGAGUGCAACAUGGCUGCACACUGGUUGUUCCACAGUGCUCUCGCUGAGGCUAAGCAGAGUUUUCCUUCGUCUUGCCAGGGAAGCUUCACUUUGUGGACUCCAAGGCAGAUCUAUGCUUACGGGACACAACUCUCCUCAAGAACUCUGUAGUUGGCCAGUAGAGGCUGCCUGUUCUUGCUCAGAGCAAGACUCAGCAAGGAGUGGUUUGGUGUGGAAUAGUUUAUUUGAAUAGGAUCUGCAUAGCCAUAAUCUUUUCCUUUCCUGUAGGCAGUGGAAAGUGGAUAACUCAGAGCAAGCAGUCUCUGAUGGGGUUCUGUAACUCCCCUUCUCCAAGCAAGAGUCUCAUGUUGGGUGGCCAUGACUGACUGCAGUACACUUAAUCUGGGUGGCUGGGUCUCACCUUGCUCCCUAAACCAGAAUUCAGAGUGUGUGGAACACCUCAGAGCAGCUGGUUGGGAACAGAGGAUCCAGAGCUGAGAAAUCUUUGGUCAGAUUGCAGCUUCCCUCUAGGUCUUUUCACCACAGAAAGGGUGCUGAAUUUACGUGGCUUUGCCUGCUGCAAAGCAAAGGAAAAGACUUGAUGAGAGAUGCAAGAAAUUCUUGGGGUGGAGUGCAGGAAUCUUGUCAUUAUCCUGCUCCUCAGAUGGACUUCUGUUACAGACCACUGCCAGGCAGAUAACCAGGUGCCUGAGGUCAGCAGGCAGCCUGUCCAGCCCAGUGCUGCUUUGCACUCUCCAUCCCACUUGUGCAGUUUACCCUGCUCUGCAGCAGAUUGAUUCCUCAGCUGCAAAGCUGGCAGGGCAUUGCCACUCCCCAGAGCAGCAUUCAUCACUCCAAGAAGCUGGACUGGCCUUGUACAUCCUUGACCAGCUGCAGUGGGGAGUCUGUCUCCAGUCCCACAGGCACUGGCUGGGCUUUGCUGCCUCACAGGUUUUUGACUCAGCGAUGCUGGUGGGAUGACCUCCUGCCUUGGCAUGUGUCAUGAUGUACCCAUUUCCCUGCUCCCUGUGUAUCAAUUCAGGGUGAGAGAAGAGGCAUGCAGCAAAGGUGAAUUUCCUUGUGGGGGAUGAAAUCUGUUUGUAUAAUCUGCUUUCGUCUUCUUCCAUGCUCCCCUUUGCCUAUGAGGAUGUGCUUGUUUCUAGAACCUGUUUCUUCUUGUGUUCUGUGGCAGUCUCAGAAGAUGAUGUCUGGAGAAGUCACUGGCAAGGACCUGAGCCAGAAGGCCAUGCCCCUGCUUGCAGUGCUGUCUGCCUCUUAACCCACUGCAUGUUCAGAGACCACCUCUCCUCCAUGUGCCUUGGAUAUCUGUACAUUCCUGCUUUUCUGUCCCUAGCACCAUCUACAGUCUUCUGACAAGGGAAGGAACUCACUUAGCUUUUGCCCAUAAACGUGUCUGCUAAUGAUCUCCCCAGGUAGUUGUGUGUGUGUGUGUCAGUUCUUCCAGUGCUAUUUUGCUUAUACUGUUUAGCUUCGUUGGCUGAAAGGAUGGUGGUGUCACCCCCUGAGGAAGUUCAGUAACAUAGGGUGCCAUACCCUUUCUCAGUUCCUGCCCAGCUGCUUCUCACCCAUCUCUGGAGUAGAGCAGGGAUGUUUUGACCCUUUCUUUCCUCCAUCUGCAGACUCCCAAUGCCUAGUUACUAUUCUGCUUCAGGAUGCAUGUGCAUGGCACAUGGGUUGCAUGCCUCUGUGCAACUUACAGAUGCAGUGCUUGGGGACUGCCAAGCAGAGCUUUUGGAGGGGGAGCUUGUCUCUUUGCUGACAAAGGCUUGAGCGAGCAGUGUCCUCCUGCUGCAGAGCAGGGAUGGAAAGGUGCUGAUGGCCAGGGAUUGCUGAGGGCCCUGAGGACUCCUCAUGGAGGUGGGGAAGCAAGAAGGGUGCUGAAAUCCCAUGGCUGGUGAUGGGAGAGGAACAGGCAGGCACAGGGUUAGCCUUUCUAAACCUGUCAGGGCCUGCCCCUGGGGAAGGGUACAGGCCAGAGGUGGGAUGGCAGCAUGCUUUGUGUCUGUGGUGUUUGGAGUGGCUCCUGGAAGUACUCUUGGAUUUACAAGACCCCCCUUUUCCCUGUGGGAAGUCCUUUGUGGAGCCAGUGGAGACACAUCUCAGUUCUUCAGUGUUGCUGGCUUGCGGCAGUCGCUUUGCAGCAGAAACACAGCCUCUCCUCAUCAAUUUGGUUGGCUUCUGAGAUGAAUGCUGACUUUCUAUGAACAGAAGCCCUUCUUAGAGAGUUUACAGAAUUGCCUGUGGUUAGGCAUUGCUUAGUGCUGGCAUCAGACCCCAGGGGUCAUGCCACAGGUGAGCAGACAAAGGUGGGUUAUGCUAGCCUGGAGGUUCUGGGGAGUAAGGGCAUCAGGGAACCUUGAGCUGACACCAAGGCAGCUUGCAGAUCACUACAGCAAGACCCCCACACAGGGAGAAGGGUAGCUAGUGCAGGAAGGGUUGAGCCAUCUCCUGCCCCUGCAGCCAUCCAGGUGUGUGUGUGGGUUUGCCUCCAGUGGCUGUCACUCUGGCUAAAUGUUGUCCCCAUCUGGCUAGGUGUGCAUCUGCCACCUCCACCCUUUGUCUUAUGGAUGGGUCAUCAAUGCUCUUGGGGAUUGAGAUCCUGCAGCAAUAUCUGCAUGAUGCUCAGUGCCUUGCACAAAAGCCUCCAGCCCCACUUGAUGGAGGAGCCUGAGUGGAUGUGCAAAGGGUGAGGUGCCAUGGCUGGCAGCUGAAUGAGCACCUUGACACCUGAGAUGGGCUUUACUUCUCACUCAGCUGGGAGGGCUGAGUGAGAAUGUGGAUGUAAUGGGGAACAUGGCUUUGAACUGGUUUUUCUCUGUUCAAAAGGGCCUGCAUGCUGUUGUGACUAGAGGGGCUUGCUCCUUGAUCAGCACCUUCUUUAUAAAAAGCACUAUACAUAUGUUCAAGUUUACAUGCACAGUGUUGUGUUCUUUUUAUAAAAACAAUAAAACUAUUUUGUUAGCA